AUGACGCUGCCGCGUGACGUGCGGUUGGGAGGCAUCGUGCUGGUAUCAGGUGGAGCAAUAGCAGGUUCUCACUCAGCUUGCUCUGCUGCACAAGGAGGCGCCGUUGCCACACCCAUGCUCCAAAUCACUGGUGCUGCCGACAGCAUCUAUCCGGCAGUACUCGCUCGGCGUUCGUGGCGCGAAUUUGAGUGCAGGCAUUCCCAUGCAGCAGCAGUCGAGCUGUUUACAAGUGUGGUUCGACCACGCAAAGGACACGCAAUGAUCGACUCUCAAGAAGACAUGCGGCACGUCAUGCGCUUCUUCUCCAAGCAUCUGUACAUGCGUCACAUCGCUCUGGAAAACCGUAGCGAUAUCGUGGAGAUCCAGACGUGA